AUGACGUCCCUCAGAAUCAUCUUCAUAUCGUUUCUUCUCCUUAUAAGCAUCACCCACGGUAGUCCUAUUGAAUCGCCCAGAGAUGAUGCCCAACAGGUAGAGACCAUCCCAUUCACCGGGGUUAAUCCUACAGAUCCACGCCCGGCGCACGGCCCUGACGGCCUCCGUCCCGCCUCAGCUGCAAUGGCAAUGAUCAUUGGCGCUGCCCAAUCCAAGGGGCAUGAUGCUCCCGGCACCAUACUCACACCCUACGAGCAGUCUCACACCACCCCUACCGCUCCCACCGCUCUGUUCAUUCCCCCCGCGACCCAUGCGACAGCCUCGCCGACUCCCAGCUUCCGCGCCUCCGGAAGUACACCUGGGAUCAGCCCCGCGACACAGUCAAAUACCUCUCAGCGCAACGUCCUCGUCCUCGCUAUCGUUGUCAGCACUGUCCUCGGCCUCCUGGUCUGCGUCACCGUCGGCAAGUACACUCUCGAGUACCUCCGGAAGGCGAAGCGCAGGUUACGGCUGUCCCAGGAAUCUUGGGGACACAGGGAGAGGCCGUUCCUUCCUGAAGUGCCCGUGCCAGACACAGAAGCAGAGCGCCAGAGCUUGAAGACAUUCUCGUUCCCCGGGCAGCCGGCCCGUAAGGACGUGCAUCUGUAUGACCCCAACGAAGCAUCAUCCAAGCCCACCAUGCGCACCCGGUUCAGUAACCUAAUCGCGUACACUGCGUUCAGGCACCGUGAUCACGACAGCGUCACCACGCAAGACACUGCUUCCUCCGCGCCAUACCUUCUCAAUGUCCCGGGCCAUUCAGAUCACUCUCGUACCAGGAGCGCACCCAUCAUCACUCACAAUGACUCCAUGGCUACUGUGAAACCUGCCAGGUCCACGGAAUCAGAUUGGGACAUCGCCAGGUCGUCCUAUCGUGUAUCACAUGCAAGUGCCAACAUCCCGAGCUCCUUGCUUCCUUCUAGAGGCAGUAGGUUGUCCAGACUCGAUUCGACGUGGUAA